CUAUAUCGCCUGUCUCUUCCAUUCCAUCAAUUCUUUCGAAUUUAUUUCCAUUAUUUACAAAUUACAACUAUUGAUAUUUAUUUAUUUUAUAUGUUUUUUUGGUAAUCAAUUUUUCUUUCCCACCCCCUGAGCUGAUGCCUGACGGCCCGAUCCCCCUCCCCCCCCCCUCUCUCUCUGUUUCUAUAUGUAUCGCCCUAUGCUAUCAGAGAGAUUCUUCGAUUAAUGCUUGAAGGAUCUGUUACGGGUGGAAACCUUGAAGGGCUUCUUAUCGGAAUGUAGGUCUUUCUACGGUUUCUGAUUGUGGGGUGGUGCAUGGUUGAUUCUAUCGGCUACAGAUUUUCCCAUCUCGAUUGGUAAAGUAGGGAUGUCGGGACCGCUGGAUCGGUUCGCCAGGCCCUGUUUUGAGGGGUUCGCUGGCCAUGAUGAAAGAAGAGAAAGGAAAUCUGAUUUUGAAAAUUCAGAGGAUGAAAGGAAGACGAGAAUUGGUUCUUUGAAGAAGAAAGCAAUAAAUGCAUCUACUAGAUUCAGGCAUUCUCUUAAGAAAAAGAGUAGGAGGAAAAGUGAUGGUCGAGUUGUUUCGGUUUCAAUAGAGGAUGUCCGAGAUGUGGAGGAACUAAGGGCUGUAGAAGCAUUUCGACAAACUCUGCUUUUGGAUGAAUUGCUACCUGAAAGGCAUGAUGAUUAUCACAUGAUGUUAAGCCUGUUUGCUGAUCAUCUGGCUGAGGUAGCGGCUGGAAGGGAUGACUUAUACUGUAGUCUCUUUGAGACCUAUUUCUGGGUCUGUCUAGUUGUAUCACCAGUUUACAUAUUUUUGAAAGCAAGAAAAUUUGAUAUUGAGAAAGCAAAGCACAUGUGGGCUGAAAUGCUUCAAUGGAGGAAGGAAUUUGGUGCUGACACUAUUAUGGAGGAUUUCGAGUUCAAAGAGUUGAAUGAAGUUUUACAAUACUACCCCCAUGGCCAUCAUGGUGUGGAUAAGGAGGGAAGACCUGUUUAUAUUGAAAGACUGGGAAAAGUUGAUCCAAACAAACUUAUGCAAGUGACAAAUAUGGACCGAUAUGUGAGAUACCAUGUGCAGGAGUUUGAGAGGAGCUUUGCGGUGAAGUUUCCAGCCUGCUCUAUUGCUGCAAAGAGGCAUAUUGAUUCUAGCACAACUAUUCUUGAUGUUCAGGGUGUGAGUUUAAAGAAUUUCAGUAAAGCUGCACGGGAACUUAUCAUGCGGCUACAGAAGAUUGAUAAUGACAACUACCCUGAGACGCUAUGUCGUAUGUUCAUCAUCAAUGCUGGUCCUGGUUUCAGGCUUUUAUGGAGCACUGUGAAGACUUUCCUUGACCCAAAAACAACUUCCAAGAUUCAUGUUCUUGGUAACAAGUACCAUAGCAAGUUGCUUGAAAUAAUUGAUGCCAGUGAAUUACCAGACUUUCUUGGUGGUAUCUGUACUUGUGCAGAUCAGGGAGGUUGCCUAAGAUCUGAUAAGGGGCCAUGGAAGGAUCCAAAUAUAUUGAAGAUGGUUCUUAAUGGUGAAGCUCGGUGUGACAGACAAGUUGUUACAGUUUCCAACAGCGAAGGGAAGAUAAUUACUUAUGCUAGACCAUAUUAUCCAACUAUAAAAAGUGGUGAAGCAUCUACUGCUGAAUCAGGCUCGGAAGCUGAGGACAUUUCAUCGCCUAAAGCAAUUAGGAGUUAUCUACAUCCCCGUUUGACACCAGUUCGCGAAGAAGCUAAAGUGGCUGCAAAGGCAAAUUACACUGUUGGCUUCUCAGAGUAUGAUGAAUAUGUUCCCAUGGUUGACAAAGCUGUUGAUGCAGGAUGGAAGAAACAACCUUCCUUUCAAAGGCCUUUUGCUUCCAAAGGUCAAAAACUCAUGUUCGAAAGCUUGUCCCCAAUGGACUUCACUUUUUCUCAGGGGACACUUCCUUCACCUGAAUCUCAGAAGACUCCAGAAGGAGUUCAGGCUCAGAUUUUCAGACUGUCAAUGACCUUUGUCAUGAUACUAUAUGCUCUCCUCCAUUCAGUAACAUCCCGGGUAUUGAAGAAGCUUCCUGAUCCAUUGUCCACUUGUGUCCCCAACACAUCAGAGUUCUCACUUAAACCAGCAUCUAAGGAGUUCUGCCCUCCUUCACCAACUCGAUUUACAGAAACAGACCUUCUGUCAUCUGUACUGAAACGACUGGGGGAGUUAGAGGAGAAGGUAGACAUACUUCGGUUGAAGCCAACUGAAAUGCCUUGUGAGAAAGAGGAGCUGUUGAAUGCUGCUGUUUGUCGCGUUGAUGCAUUAGAAGCAGAGCUUAUUGCCACAAAGAAGGCUCUUCAUGAAGCUCUAAUGAGACAAGAGGAACUCCUUGCGUACAUUGACCGUCAAGAAGCAGCCAAAUUCCAGAAAAAGAAGUUCUGCUGGUGAAGGAAAGAUUCACAGGAAGGGGGGUUUCAGUAGUUUAUGUAUGAGCUGUGGUUUAUGUAUCAAUAGUCUAUACAUGUGUUUGAGACGAACACGAAGAAGCCUUACUGAGUCCAAAUUGUGAGUUUCUCUCUUGUAUAAUGCAGAACCCAUGGAAAUAAAUAUGUAUUUAUUUAUUAUUCCCUCUUGUUUUCUCAGUUUUGGACGCGCAUGGUUUGAUUUAUUGUACCAGAGUGAUGUAAGAAACUGAAGCAUAUAGUGAAAGAACAUUUCAAGCUCUUUGUAAUCAUGA